AAUCAUGUCGUCCAGUGAUAGAUUAAUUUUAAGUAUAGGUACACAAAUAGAAUCGGAUAAGAUUACAGAUCGCCGAAAAGGUUAUGAAGCUCUCUCUCAUAUUUUGACAAAAAACUUAGAACUGAAUAAUCCAGACGAUGUGUGGUCUAAGUUAUUUAAUUCUAUCAAUUUUUGUCUGCAACAGGUUUGUGCCAAAUUGAAUGAAGAUGUUUCUGUUGGUCAUGCAUCUCAGAUCCAAAUUAGAGAUAAAUCUAGUCAUUAUUUACAAGAGGUUCUUAUGCUGGCAAAUAGAGGAAAAUAUAUCGUGGAACAGUUUUUAGAAGCUUUAUCAACUAGGCCUGUGUUGAAACAAGGAGGAGAUAUUUAUCUUGUUGCUCUUGUUAAAACAAUAUCAAUAAAAAAUUUGUAUGAUGAUUGUACACCUGCACAAUGGAUUGAGUUGUGUGAAUUCUGUAUGAAACAUCUCAACAAUACAAAUUCAAACCUCGAUCUUUCAACAUUGGUAAAAAUAUUAAAAUUCGUUGUCUGCAACGGUUGCAAAGGCUCCAAACUUGCCAUUAAGCUUCUUAAAUUUUUGCCAAACGUUAUAAAGCUAUUUGAUGUGAGUUGUAUUAAAACAUCAAAGCAUUUACAAGAAGAAAUAUUUAGUUUAACAAUUGCCAUAUGCGAUGAAAUUUCAACAAAUUUUCCAAGAACGUUUUGUGCAUUUGCGAAUGAUAUCACACCAAAGUUGUUAUUGUUGUAUGAUUCUUCGGAUGGAAAUAAUGAGAAAAAGAUUUUAGGACUUCUAGAUAUUAGAAACUUUUAG